UCCAACUGCUAACCAGAGCCAAAAGAAGGAUAAAAACUCAAUUUUUGUUGUACACUUUAACGCUAUUUUGAGGAUGGAUAGGAAAAGGAAAUACGACGGGGAGUCAGAUGGACCACCUCUGUCCAAGAAAUCAAAUUUCAAUGAUGGGGAUGACGGUGGAGGAGGGGGUGUGUCUUUUGCCCCCCAGCAGAUGUUCAAAUCCCUGAGCGAUGCAUCCACAGACUCUUCUGAUUCUUCAUCUUCGAUUGGAUCUCCACCGCCUCUCUUCAAACCGAUGGGCCUGGGUGCAUCAAUGGCCCCAUCAAUGGCCCCAUCAAUGGCCCCUUCCAAGCCAGCAGCGCCAUCAUCAUCUUCAGGAUACAGCUCAGCUGCACAGAAAAUGAUGGCUAAAAUGGGUUACAAAGAAGGCGCAGGACUUGGUAAAAAGGGCAAAGGUCGUGUGGACAUCGUUGAAGCAUCCAAACAAAGAGGGCGACGUGGUCUCGGUCUCAAGACGGCUGGAUUUGAACCUAGCACUGAAGUGGUGUGGGCCGGAGAUGAAAAGGUGUCUUCUGAAGAAACCGUUGAAUGGAUGGAGCCAUCACAAGGUAUCCUGACCAGCGCUGAGAUAGAGGAAUGGAAAGUCCUGUGGGAUGCCCAAAAGCAAAAGCUGACAAUUGAUGAUGAGACAGAAUUCUGUGAUGAAACCCUGCUGAAGAUACUCCUUGAACAAAAGUCGACCUUUGACCGCCUUGACGCAGAGGAGAUGAGGCAAGCCAGAACCCGUUCCAACCCCUAUGAGACGAUCCGGGGUGGCAUCUUCCUGAAUCGAGCAGCCAUGAAGAUGGCUAAUAUGGACUUUCUCUGUGAUUAUAUGUUCACAUCGCCAAAACACCCAGAUAGGACGCCGGUGGUGAAAGACAAUGAGCUCCUGUAUUUUGCUGAUGUGGCUGCUGGCCCUGGAGGUUUCUCAGAGUACGUGGUGUGGAGGAGAACACAGUCUCAGACCAGGAGGGACUUCCGGGUCAAAGGUUUUGGGUUCACCUUGAAAGGUAGCUGUGAUUUCAAGCUGGAGAACUUCUUCUCAGCAUCUCCAGAAUUCUUUGAACCUCACUAUGGUGUGAAUGGGAGUGAUGGUGAUGGGGAUGCUACAAACAGUGAGAACCAAAGUGAGUUCAGAAGAUUUGUAAUGGAGCACACGGAUGGGAAAGGUGUCCAUUUCGUCAUGGCCGAUGGGGGUUUCUCUGUGGAAGGUCAGGAGAAUAUCCAGGAGAUUCUCAAUAAACAACUGUUGCUAUGUCAGUUCUUGGUUGCCAUGUCAAUAGUCAGAGAAGGUGGUCACUUUGUGUGCAAGACCUUUGACCUCUUCACACCAUUCAGCAUUGGUCUGAUCUACGUCCUUUACCGGUCAUUCGAACAAGUCUCCCUCUUCAAACCCGUCACAAGCAGACCAGCAAAUUCAGAAAGAUAUGUGAUCUGCAAGGGUCGUAGGUCGGGAACUGACCCGACGCAUGACUUCCUCUACGACCUGAAUGUGACCUUGAACAUGCUGAAACCAAGUAAACAGGAUGUGCUUGAGAGUGUUCCUCUCGGUGUGCUGCAAGCAGACGACGCCUUCAUGGACUACGUCAUAGCACAGAAUGAAAGGCAAGCUGAAACUCAAACCCAAGGUCUUGCCAAGAUCCAGGCCUAUGUACAGAACUCCGAUCUGAUUGAGAUGGAACAGAAGAGGAUGAGGGAUGAAUGUCUGGCACUCUGGGGGAUCCCAGGAAGAUCAAGAGCAGCUCCCAAAGUCCCAGAUACAGCUACUAAGUUCAGUGAACUUUGCCAGGAGGAUCGGGGCGACUGCGGUUACUUCUGCAGGAUUGCCAUGCCGUUGGACAAGGAGAACUUUGCUCAGAAAGUCAAGAGUGUGUAUGACUAUCGCUGUACAGUGUCUGCAGGAGAGCGCUACUUUGUUCUUGGUGUUGGGAGAUCUAAUGUAUUCUUCUGGGAUGGGAAGCACCAACCCCCUAGGUGGAGGAAGCUAGAGAAGUGUAAGCUACGGCUACCAGGAGACACACUGUUUGAAGCAGAACUUCUUGAGGAACUCAAAGGAGAGGGCUCGGGUCAGAGGAGAAUGCUAACAGCUCAUAUCAUAGACGCCAUGUGGUUAGCAGGUCAGGAUGUGCAUUCAUUACCAUACUCAGAGAGAGUCCAAAGGAUUAGUUUGUUUGUCAAAGCAGUGAAUCGACCUACGAGAUCUGACCUGACCCCACUGAGGGUCAAAGAGGUCUUCAGAUGUCAGGAUGUCUCAGAGAUAAUGGAUAGACUGGUGAUGCUAGUGGUGAAGGGUGGAGGAAGGCAAAGAAGACUGUGUUACAGGACGGAUAAUGGCAGACAUUACAUGCCACAGGGAAUCUUCUUCAUCAAGACAUGCAACGAUCCAUGGACAGUGCAAUGGAGUAGGACCCAGAAGAGGUUGUAUUUCUUCAACAUGAGUAAUCGCAACUCAGUGUUUGAGUAUCCCCCAGAGAGCAUCGCCUCAUUCAAAGCAUGUCGGAUCCAUCGGUUGCUGUGGGCCUGGGAGGAAGGGGUCAAAGUUCACGACCAGCAAGAGAUGAGGCAGGACCCCAGCAAGCUCUCCAAGGAGAUGGUGUUAGAUCACAUCAAGAAGCAAAGAGUCGUGUUAUAGAAGAGGAGACAGAGGGAGGAAUAACAGAAGGAAAGAGGAAGAAAGAAAGACUUGUCAUCUUGUCAAGGGACGCUUGGUGAUACAAGCAUCCUCGAGGAAAUUAAUAGGGAUCGAUUAUUUCUGUCAUGAUGGUUUCAAGCCAAUUUAAAGAUGAAGAGAUGAAAUUGACAGAUGAGGAGAGGAACGAUAAGGAUUAUCUGUAUUGUCAGUACUUUUAGCAAUAGAAAACAGACGACAGGCUAAUGAGAGUAAUGAUUGCAAGACUUCUCAUCUUGCCUAGGGGCAAGCAAUGAUACAAGCUAGCAUCCUCAAAGAAAGUGAUUUUUAUUGAAGUAUUUCUGUUAAGAUGGAAUCAAGUUAUUGUAAAGAUGAUGAGAUUAAAUGGACAGAUAAGGAGAAGAACGAUAGGGUUGAACUUUAAUUUCCAUACUUUUAGUGAUGGAUAAGGAUUAAAGGUUGAAGGAAGGUAAUGAUUGUAAUACUUUCCAACAUGUGGAUGGACGACUCAAGAAUGAUGAUAGAUGCACUCUUAAGGAGAGUGGUAGGAAGUGAAUUAUUCCUGUUUAGAUGGAAUCACGCCAUUGUAAAGAUGAUGAGAUUAAAUCGACAGAUAAGGAGAUGAAGGAUUAGAGAGAAAAGUGGGAUAAAAAGCUAAAGGAAAGUAAUGAAAUGGAAGGAUUUAGUGAGGGGGAGCAAACUGGGAAAUUGAGAAUGAUGAAGUCAUAAACAGGGCUUUCAGGAAGAACAGUAUUGAUGCUGAUGAGGUUUACCUUGGUAAACAAUGUUAUUAUAUUCUCUGUUUAAGUAAUAUUUGCAAGGAAGGAAUGGUAAACUGAAUAGAGACUAUUUGUGUGCAAUGAAGCUUAUAGCACGUGCUGUUAAAAGAUCAUGCCUUAGGGUGUACAUUUUGCAGAAGAAUGCAUGAAAUUCAGUUUAUUGAAAAUGAAUUGCAAUUGAAGGCAGAGAUUACGGCUAGAUGAGCAGAAGAGAGAGAAAAGAAGUUAAAUUAUUACGAAGUCCAAACAGACUCUAAAGUGGAGUGGUAUGAAACCAAACCAUGGAGGCAAUAUAAACAUCAAUGUUAAUACCGAAAAAUUUACCAAUGUUUAUUUUACUCAUACUUUAAUAAUAUUUGGUUGAGCAAUAGAUUAACUUUGAAUUAUCAAGAGGUUUUAAAAUCGUAUUGGAAGCUGUUACAUGUGAAUCCUACUGUAGUGAUUAUUCAAAAUGUUUGUCAUUGUACACCUUUCCCAAGAGUAAUGGGGAGGGUGGAACAGAGAGAGAGAAAAAGAGGGAGAGAGAGAGAGGGAAGGAGAGAGAAAGAACCUUUUAGUAUCUUUCUGCUCUGGUUACUUCAAUAAGCAGCUGAAACAAAAAGCAAUCGUCCCAAGCUAAAUUAUAAUACACAUUAAUUGCAAUACUGCAAAAAGAUAAAAGCCAUAGAAGGUCAAAGAAUAAAAGUCAGGCUUCCAAUAAAAUAAUUUUAAAUGUAAGGAUAGCAGUAAUUUACAAAGAACAUGAGCAAAGCUAUCAUGCAUGACGCUAAUACAAGUCACACCAACAGAGACGCAUGUAAACUCUAAUUUGGUGUCCAAGCUUUGUACCCUAAGGAGAACUUAGAAGUCGCUCUGUGAGGAUGAAAAAGUUUUACCCAAGACUGCUUUGCUAUAAACUGAAAUUCCAAUGUAUUUGUCAACCACAAAGGUAUAGCUCUUAUUCUAGUACUCGAAGCCCAAGUCAAGAUGUUUUAUUGUGGUACAGAACUACAUUAGUUCUGUGCCACAGGCAUAGGAAAAACAUCUUUAAAACCUCAUUGCAUUUGAUUUAGUAGUAAAUACUGGUUACUAUUUUAGUGUUUUUACUUGUAGCUAACAUAAGAAAGAGCAAAGAUUUUGGACUAACAAAUAUCUGAUUUACAUAAUAUACAUAUGUACAAAAUAUGAGGUGAAGAUAAUGACUGAUUUCACAAGUUGUAUGUGCAUUAUGGUAUAUGAAUCUCUAUACUGUACAAUGAUCACAAGUACAAAAUGUUCAUUUACAGGUUUCCAUUUUAUUUUGUAUUUUCAAACAUAACUCCACAAAUAUCUCAUUUACAUAAUAUACAUAUGUACAAAAUAUUAGGUGUGAAGAUAAAUACCCUGCAUCACAAAUAUGAAAGAGUGGGCUUAUGGUGAUAUUAUGAAAAGUUCAUAGUUGUAUAUGAUGCAUAAAUGGUAUGACUAUGUUUUAUCUCCAGCAUUCAUAUUUAAAUGAGGAACUUCAUCACUGAGUUGAAUUAUUUGCUCAUGUAUUUCUUUCAAAUUAAAUAUUUCAGAAUAUAUGGAAUGCCCUUAUUUAUAUUCAAAGUAACAAUUGUAUUUGUUGAUAGAACUCCAAUUGGGUAACAUUCUUAAUUUCAUAGCUAGCGCUUGGAGACUUUGGUGGAAAGCGCUUUAUAAGCACCGUUUUAUUAUUAUUAUUAUACACUAUCACUUCCAUAUUACAAUACCUGGUAAAGAAAGGAAACGAUUGCUACCAGUAUAUUUAAAUUCAAAAUUUAAACAUAGCUCUCUGUACUGUACAUUUGUAUAUUAAACAUG